AUGUCCGGAGUGGAUAACAGUUCCCAUCAAAAUAAUAAUUCCCUAUUAAGUGCCACAAGUAUUGACUCGUGUAAUGAGAAGUCUUUUAGUGUAAAUAAUAGUAGACUAGACGAUAAGUACGACAGCUACCGUUUCUUAGUGACAAUCAACAGUCACCACAAACUGAUCCACAAUAAGCCAACGGUCGCCACGACCAGCACAUACUGUGCCAACUGUGCCCCCACUGAUGCCAUGAAUGGUGACCGCGGAGGUGGUGGUGAUGAGCGGCAGUCCUCCGCAGUCACACCAAUACAUGUGUUCACCACAAGAAAUGCGACGAGAAUAGCGGCGAAUCACUGGACUAGUGGUGAUGAUGGGACACACGUGCGCCUCAAUACCAGUAAAAUCGGUGGACAGCCUUUGGCCAUAAGUAAUGGACACAAGAAGGCGACGACGGGAACGGCGCCAACCAACGGUGCGAAUGAGAGACUAAACGGCGGUAGUGUUGGCGACAAUCUGUACAGACAUUCAUGUGAUAACAGAUUCGAGUCAUCCAUUCACGCCAUCAGAGACAUGAUGUCGGGGACGACACACGCGAUGCCAAAGUCCCGCUCAUUGGACGCCAUUAACCACAAGUCAUGGACAGCCGGCGCCCACUACAAGCCAUCCAACCACUUUCACCUCCAGUAUAAAGACAUACCUUCUCUAUUGGGAACGACCUUAAACAGUCAUUCAGUGAUAACUAACCGACAGUUGGAAAUAUCGGGGCUUAAACAGCACAACCAGUUGUGUAGUCAUCGCAACCACAACAUACCGGUGCGCAAGAUAUUCGACAGCAGGUGUUGGACACAGAGAUCAAAGAACUGCUCUUUGAUUUGCACGAAGAACACGACUAUAUCUGCGAACAAAUGCCAUCACGCGAUGUCCAGUCAAUGCAAACCAAACACUUCUCACACGAGACUCAAGUCAACCGAAACUGAGAGAACAGACGUAUUCAGCGGACAAUUCGUCGCUUAUAAACAGGGCUUACAAGACGCUCGGCAAUCCAUAUGAGCGGGGAAUCUAUUUAUUGAAAUUAAGCAAUAUUCAAAUUGGUGACAUAAACGAGACACGAGUUGAUUCACAAUUUUUAACGGAUAUAAUGAAAGUGAAUGAAGACAUCGAAGAAAAUAUGAACUCAAAGAAUAAGUUACUAAAUAUUUUGAAGGCUAAUGAGGAGAAUAUGACAAAAGUAAUCCAUGCACUUUCACUAGCAUUUGAGUCUCACGAUAUAAUGAAUGCCAAACA